AUGCCGUACGUGAAGGUGACGAGCAAUGUAUCCUCCAGUAAUAUCGACAAGAAUAAAGCAAUGGCUGCAAUAUCAAAGGGCGUAGCUUCUGCCCUUGACAAAUCUGAGAAAGCUGUGAUGGUGCACCUGGAAUUAAGUACCUCUAUGAUGUUCCAGGCUUCCGAUGCCCCGUGUGCGAUGAUUCAACUUAGAAGCAUCGGCAAGGUGGAUCCUCAGCAUAACCCCACGACCGCGUCGGUGUUAACAGAAAUUGUCAGUGCAGAACUUGAUAUCCCAAAGGAGCGGAUUUUCAUGAAUUUUGACGACGUGUCCCGCUCGAAUUGUGCCAUGAAAGGCUUUCUUAUCUCAGAGCCAAAGUAA